AUGCAAGUGUUGUCCGUACAUUCUUUGCAAAUAUUAGAUGUAGGACAGGCGGUCAUCCAUAAUCAAUUGACUUUAGGCGCAGAAUAUGACCAAUGGGUGAGUGAAGGUGGGCGCACACGUUAUAUCGUGACCGCUUUAGCACCAGAGCUCACAGCCGAACAUCUGCAAGCGGUGACCAAUAUUGUUUCAAGUCAAGUAACGCGCUUGUCGGGGCGUCCCGAGCGUAAUGGACACCAAGAUGGGCUGAAACGUUCAUGUGUUCAAUUCGGUUUGAGUGGGCAAAUGCUGGAUGCACAGGCGAUGCGUGCCGCAUGUUUACGGCUUUCUGCUGAAUUAAAUAUUGAUGUCGCGGUGCAGGAAGACAAUGCCUAUCGCCGUAAUCGUCGCUUAGUCUGCUUCGACAUGGACUCGACUUUGAUUGAGCAAGAAGUGAUUGACGAACUUGCUAAAGAAGCAGGGGUGGGCGAUAAAGUCGCUGAAAUCACUGAACGUGCAAUGCAAGGGGAGUUAGAUUUUCAACAAAGUUUCCGUGCACGCGUUGCGUUACUUAAAGGCCUUGAUGCCACAGUAUUGCCUCAAAUUGCUGAACGACUAACCGUGACAGAAGGUGCCGAGCGGUUAAUCUCGACACUAAAAUCACUGGGUUAUAAAACUGCGAUUUUAUCUGGUGGUUUUCAGUACUUUGCUGAAUAUCUACAAGAAAAAUUGGGCAUUGAUGAAGUGCAUGCCAAUAUCCUCGAUGUUGAAAAUGGUGUUGUGACAGGUGAGGUUAAAGACCAUAUCGUUGAUGGUGCGCGCAAGGCGUAUCUCUUGACUGAAUUGGCUGGAAAAAUGGGGAUUUCACCUGAGCAAGCGAUUGCGGUUGGAGAUGGCGCAAACGAUUUACCGAUGCUUUCAAUUGCAGGGCUUGGAGUCGCAUUCCGUGCUAAACCUGUGGUUCGCCAAAAUGCCAAUCAAGCUAUUUCAAGUGUAGGUCUAGAUGGCAUGAUCUUCUGGGGCACCUUGGAAGCAAUGCGUUAUAGUGUACAGAACAUCUUUGAUAUUUCGGUCGCAUAUAGCUAUUUAACCGCGAUUAUGUUGGCGAUUUUAUACUUUGCUCUGAAAGCCAUGUCUACGCAAUGA